UCGUGGAUAAUUGGACCUUGUAGAUUGGUGAAGGAAAAUCAUUGGGAAUGACUUUGGGUUCAUUGGAGAAUAAUCUUCAGAACCAUUUGGCCAUUCUUUGACCUCCUCUUUAGGCCUUGUGUCGAUUCUUCUGGAGUUGAAUAGCUUCUCUGUGUCGUUCCCAUCUAAAUCCUUCAAUCAAGGGUUAGAUAUCGCAGGGGGGCAGAUAGGUAAGUAACACAGGGGUGUAUUGCCCCCCUAGCAGAGCGAUGCUGGAGGGGAAAAAGAAGAACGGAGUCGCCUCUACCAUCAGCAGCGCCAAAAACAACCAGACCCCUUCCACUUUCCCGAACACUGUUGAUGCAGCACGCCGCUUUGCGUUGCUAUUGGAGCGUUGUGCUGCUCCCCUUUCGAGCCCGCUGAGUCUGAUUGGAGGGCUGGGAGUUGGAAUCCCACCCCCGCAGCGCCGCUUAUGCCACGCCUCCCUGCUUCUGGCCCAGCUCAAAGCACAGCUCGCCAUCAUUCAGCUCGUUGCCGCGGGAAACAUCGCCAACGCCGUUACCUGCGCCAACCAUCCACUACCCUCCUCUCACCCCCAUCCUCCUCUUGUCCUCUUCCUCAACCUCUUGAAAGCGGCAUCCACCACCAAUAACAUGUACCAUCCCCUAUAUAAUCCGUUAGGGGGUCAGUACUCUUCACAAGCCCAGAGAACACCAGCUCAGAUGGGGCGGUAUGGACUCUCACAAGCCCAGUCCGGGAUGGACUCUCUGUUGGCCUCACGCCUGGGUCUGGGCCCUGUCUCUGCUGGUGGUUCCUCUGGUUUUUCCAGACAGGGGGGCAUGAUGUCCUCGAUGGGGUACAACCUGGGGCAGAGGUCAACCGGGAUGACCCCGGAGUUGGAGAUAGACCACCACAUCCGCUGGGCCAGAGAGGACGUGAGACUGCUCAGCCAGAUGGUGCAGCAGAAACAGAACCAGCAGACCCAAAUGAAUCUUCGCCUGAAUCGCAACCCCGGGGAUGAGCUUUCAUCUAGGGUAGGGAUGGGUAGCUACACCUCUGGCCGGUCCUGCAGCGACCAGCAGAGCUCCAUGGCCUCCUGGUCUGGCCACGUGACCCAGUCUGCUUCCUCUAAGCUCUUCUCCUCCCCCCUCCCUCAAUCGUCCCCUUCCACCUCCCAGAUGUACCAAAGCCAAACCUCUGGGUUUGGUGGUGCGGGAGAGCCGGGACCCACCUCAAUGGGUUCUGAGGCGCCCCUGAGUGUCUCCGAUCCUCCAGCCCGGUACACACCAGAGUCCGCCAGCAACAUCCUGGCAAGUUUUGGCUUGUCCAACGAGGACUUGGAGCUCCUGAGCCAAUAUCCAGACGAUCAGCUGACCCCAGACAACCUGCCCUUCAUCCUCAGAGACAUCUGCAUCCGUAAGGCCAAUAGAAACAUGGAUGUGGACAAUCGGCAUGACAACGGACCCAGCCCGGGGUCGGACCACUUAGGUGGAGGACAGAGCAAAGUUAUCGAUUAUGGAAAUAUUGAUGCUUCUAAAUACGACAGUUAUGACAAUGUUCGAUCCAAUAGUUACGGCGGACAAGAUCCGCUCCCGAAAGAGUCGAUGAAAUACUCUGUCAGAGACUCUCCAAGCGGGCACACCGGUACACCGUAUGGCAGUGUUGGCAGAUCCAUGACCUCAGUCCUUUCCGAGCAACAGCAGAUUUGCAGCGCUGCAGUCCAGAGUUCUAUCUCUCUCCCCAAGAAUGACAACGACACUCGUAUCGGUCUUCCUCCGCCUUCCAGCCUAUCCCAAAAGACCCUCAAAACCCACGACUUAUCUAAAGUAGCACCCAAACCUAUGAACAUCCCUGUCCACGGCGGAGACCAAGGACUCGACCGACUCCUCUCAUCUCAGAAUCGAGGCACUGCUCGAGGCCAGGUUCAGCCUCGGUCCGACCUGGUGGUUCUUAGUGGUGGAGUCGGAGGAGAUGCAAGACUCAAGAUCGGAGGUAUCCCAGUGGGGAUUCCUCCUCCCACGCCACCCCUCAUGUGGCCUCCCUUAUUCCCCGUCAUGAAUCCGUCGGUUCCCCCUCCCGGUCACGUUCCGGUGACUUGUCCGCCUCCUCAGAUGGGUCCGCCUCCCCUGAUGGGUCCGCCUCCCCUGAUGGGACCGCCUCCCCUGAUGGGACCGCCUCCCCGGAUGGGUCCACCUCCCCGGAUGGGUCCGCCUCCCCGGAUGGGUCUGCCUCCCCCGAUGGGUCCGCCUCCCCCGAUGUUCCAGCAGAUCAACAUCCCACCCCCAACGUUGAUGGUCCCGACGAGGUUGCCGGCCCCGACCACGAUGAGCGAUUACUCCGCAGCUUCUCCCAGAAUCUUUCCUCAUACCUGUUCUCUCUGUAACGUAGAAUGUGCCCAGCUAAAGGACUGGAUUGCUCAUCAAAACACCAGCCUCCACAUCGACAACUGCCGGCUGCUCAGGAAAUUGUAUCCUGACUGGAACGGGGAAACUGUAUCAGGCCCUGCUGCCAGUAGAAAUGACAACAACCAGAGUUCCUCCAAACGUCGCCAGACCAACUCCCGUUCUCUGUCCCGUUCUCCUUCUCCUCGCCUCUCCUCCUACCGCACCACUUCCUCCUCCUCUGCUCGCCGACCUCGAUCCAGGGAACGAUCCCGCUCCCGGGAACGUAGACACAGCGCCGGCAGACGGCGUUCCCGGUCUCCUGGUUCGCGUCGGGAACGUGACCCUCCGGCGUCGUCGUCUUCGCACCGGGAUCGGGAACGUCGGCGUUCGCCCCAGACAACUUCUUCAUCCCGGAGGAGGAGCUAUGAGCGUCGGGAGGCGAGGAAGAGCAGCCCUCCAGGAGGAGGGAAGAGCAGACAGCAGAAGUCUAGCAGUGCUGAGAGACUGGCCAAGAAACUACUGGAGUCAUCUGCUGGCCUCUCCCUGACUAAGAACACCAGUCUAGAAGUUCUGAUGCAGUCCCUGGCCCCUGCUCUCCUGGCCGAGCUCGCCAAAAAGAAAGGAGCCACUUCUGCCAAAGGAGGUGCCGGCAAGGGAGGCCGCUCCUCCUCCCGGAAGACUGAAACGGGAACGUCCAAGGGUGGCAAGGCAGGCACUGGAUCUGGGAGGACAUCAAACAAGAAAUCCUCCUCGCCCUCCAAAUCAUCCUUCAAAUCGUCCAGCUCAGCUCCUUCCAAGACUAAGAAGAAGGGAGCACCAGGGACCUCCGCUCUGUUAAGACUGAAGAAUAUCCCCCAAAACACAGCUCAUGAUGAGGUGGUGAAGGCCGUGGAACCAUUCGGAAAGAUCAACACAGUCAUCCAGCUCAAGCCCAUACAGCAGGCAUCCGUGUUGUUUGAGAGGGAGGAGGAUGCUAAGAAGCUGGCUAGCUGUAAGAACCUGACCAUCAAAGGCCAGACCGUCACCGUUCUAACGGAGAAAGAUGCUCUGCUGGACGACUCCAAGGAACUGAGCCAAACCAACAAGUCUACCGAUGAAAAAAACUCUCCAGCAGCCAAGACCCACACCACCAAGUCAACCGCAACCAAAAUGUCUUCUACAUCCUCAACUAAACCGCAAACUGACUGUCCCAAGACCACACCCAAAGGGUCAAGGGUUAAUACCAAGGCUCAGCCAACCACGGCUAAGGGGGCUGUCCACACCCUCAUUCCUAAACUGCCUGGUUGUGGAAAUAAUAGCUUUGUGAAGAUCGAAGGUUUACCGGAGACUGGCUAUACAGAGGAAGAUGUUCUGGCUCUGGUGAAGCCUUACGGAUAUAAACCUGGACUCUACAACUGUUUCAUACUGCCUCACCAGGGAUGGGCCAUAAUCCGUAUGGACGGAGUACAGAAGAGCUCUGUUAUGGUGACAAACUACACACAGUCUCCUCCCAAACUACUAGACUGUGUCCUCUCCUUCACGUUGAUCUGCCCUGAUUCAGGCCUCGUUCAGGAGAAUGUCUACACAACGCUGAAGGGCCUCACCACUUCGGACACGACAUUGAAGGAACGCCUUCUGAUCGUCAGUAACGUCGCCACGGGGUCUACGGCAACCCAAGAGGUUCACGACCUCGUCAAACGCUUCGGAUCCUACCUCGAUUCGCUAUCUCUGAUCAACAGGAUUUAUUUUGAGAUGGAGUCGUCCUCGAUAGCGAUGGCGGUAUGUCUUCAUUUCCAGAAGUUCCCCUGUGUAGUUCAGAACAAGCCUCUGAAGUUCAACAUGCUGGUCAAGGUUAAACACCCGGCUCAGCCGCAGCUCCCAGCCAAGAGGACACGUGUCACCAGUCAUUUCAGCACCAGAGCCAAGAAGAAGACGGUCCAAGGCAAGAAGCCUGUCGCUAAAGGUACAACACCAGGUAAAUCUGUUCCUGCCACACAGCCCGUGGUUACCCAACACCCGGGAGAUGACGGAGGCGCCGUCCAGUCCAGUGACACCAUAGCGAUAGACUCCGACGGGACCGCAACGGAACCCAGUCCAGUCGUCAUGGACCCCAAAGACCUGAUGACGACCAACGACGACCAAAGCCAAACCGCUGCAAAACCGGAUGGCGAGAAUGGAGAAACCAUAGCAACCGCUACCGUUCGCGCUGCUAGCGUUGCUGGUUCUGUACAAACACCGGUAACAUCAGCUCGCCCAGUGUCUGUAAAAGGUGAAGACAAACUGUUAGACUUCAGUCCGGUAACUCAGGAGAUCCUGAAGGCCCUGGAGGCAGCAGUGCACCAACACCGCCUGGGGAGACAAGCCGAGGAACAAAGACAGGACCAGGGAGAGAAGGACAAGCCUCCAACCACACCAGCGAAGAAGACCACAACACAGACGGAAGGUGCAAAGAAACCACCUUCAGGCUCUCGACAACCAAAGAAGAACCAGGGGAAGACCCAAGUCUAUGGAGGAAGAGGCAGGCGCAGGGACCAUUCUCCCCCAGGAAACAUAGACUCUUCCAGGCAUAGAAGCAGCCGGGCGGCCUCCGAGGAGGAGCAGGGUCCUCCGACGUCGAGACACGGCGACUCCUCUAGCUCUUCUUCUGGCUCCUGCAGGAGCAACAGACAGGACGGCAGUCCCGCCAAGAAGAAGGGGAGGAAAGAGGAGGAGGAGAUGAGUAAGGGUUUUGGCUACGUGGUGGAUGAGUUCACUUCCGACCUCAAUCCUAGUGACGCCAACCCAAUCGACCUGGACCAGUUCAACAUGGAUGAGUUCGUCACCGUGGACGAGGUGGAAGGGGAUGAGGCGGACAACGCCAACCCACCAGAAUCAUCAUCUUCAUCACCCAACCUACCAGAGCCAUCAUCUUCAUCGCCCAAUACCCAAGAUGGCACCUAUGGAAGGUUGGAACGAUCAUCCAAACGCAAGAGGGCUACCCCUGAUACCCCAAUUUCUGCUAUGAAGUCAAGCCAGGAGAAAGGGAGACCCCUGUCCAAAAGCACUCCCACCCUAUCCUCUUCUACCUCUACCCCCCCUGGACAGAAGACUCCACGACAAGCCGCAACAGCCAAAAAAACGCAGGCGGCAAAACCUCAACCACCUGCCACCUCCGGACGCAAGACCAGGUCGUCAGCCGCAGCUGCUGUUGUCGCGACGGAAGCCGCAGAAACCCGAGAAACUGUCACUGACGGUGACCCCACAGUCGGGAUGGAAGCGCAGCCUCUUGCCGUGGAGCUUCUGUCUCAGCCAAUGGGGGGGGCAGCCGCUGCUCAGUUGGUAGAGGAAGUAGUGGUCACAAAGGGAAGUGACAUGGAGGGUGUGUUACCGUCGUGCGACCACAAGGUGUCAGUGUUGGGCACGGCAUUGCCGGCGAACAAGGAAGUAGAAAGUGCUGGGUCAGAGAUUGAUAUGGAGACUACAGCUGAAAAACCUCCAGAGGUAGACGGGCGCGAGGAGAAGGCCCAGGCUCAAAAAGGUGACUUGAUUCUGGGUAGCAAGGCUCAGAAUGAAGGCUGCACACUGGAGCUUGGCUUGACUGAUCCGUCUUCCACAGCCAAGGAGCAAGACCUUCAUACAACCCUAGAACUACAAGGGCUUGAGACGGUGUCGGGUCACCAAGUGCCCCAAUCACUCGUUGACAAAGUGCCGAAAGAAAAUGUGGGUUUACAGAUACCCAACAAAACCGUGAAUGACACCGUGGUGGCUGCAGCCUCUGAAUCUACGGCUUCCCAGGAGCUCCGAACUACUCCAGAGGAACGCCAAGACGAAGAAGAAUCUGCUUUCCACAUUCUGGACACUGUAGACCGAAGAGAUUCUCUACCCAGAGAGAUGGAAGGGUUCCACAUCCUGGACUCUGUAGAUGAUCAGGUGACAGAAGCUCUGGAAAUCCAUUCUACUGAAUCUAAGGGUACCUCAAAACCCCAGAAAGCGAAUUACAAAAAGGGUAAUAUUCAAAAGAAGGUUGGCAAGAAGAUGCAGACCCCACCAGUGGAGUCAGAGAUGGGUGAGGGAGGCACCCACAAAAAGACGAACCGUGUCCCCUUGGAUGAGGUGAGUGAGGAAGAGGAGAGUUACCCUGACGACGCUGCCGAAGAGGAAGAGCUGAUGAAGAAACAGAAACUGGCGAAGGAGAAACGGCGAAACAGAGAAUGGGAGAAGGAGAGGAGUACAAAGCGGGUGAGGAGCAGAGAGAAGGAGCAGGAAUGGAAGAGGGGGAGGUUCAGUGUGGACACGGAAUGGUUGGUGACUCUGGAUGAGAUUGGAGGAGAUGGGGAUGAGAUUGGAGGAGAUGGGGAUGAGAGAGGAGAGGAGGGUGCGAGGGAUCAGGAGAGCGGAAUGAAUGAGGCAGACCUUCAAGAAUUGGUCACUCUGGAUGAGAUCGUUGGCGAGGAAGGAGGGGAGGGUCCUAGCCCGGAGCAACACCCAUUCAGGCAGGAGGACGAAUCAGGAGACUCCUUCAACACAGAGACUAUGGUGACCCUGGAUGAGACUGGAAGUGAUCAUGAGAUGGAGGAAGUGCAGCCCAAGAAGUCUCCAGAACCAGCCCAGACCCGGCACGCUGACAACACAGGUGAGGACUUUGUGGUUUCUGAGGCAGGGUUCUUCUGUAAGUUGUGUUCUCUGUCUGGGAGUGAAGACAAGAAGACCCACUGCAGCAGUCUACAGCACUGUCAGAACAUGCAGAAACAUUACCCGAAGCCUCAGAAGCAACAAGCAGGAGGUUCUAGCCAAGGCUCCGCCUCCAAGUGACCCCUGACCACACCCCUGGGUGUGUCUAAAAUGUGACCAUUUCCCCAGUGCUCUGGUUGAUAGAUAGGGCUCUACUAUAAUAGGGUGAUAUAGAGUGCAGUUUGAUAUUUUAGCUGGUCUAGGAUCAGGUCCCCCAUGUUCAUAUUGUCUUAUUCAUUAUGAUUUAAAAGGUGAAACUGGUCCUGGAUCAGCCCUCUCUCUACUCUGAGACGUUUUGUGGAUAUCGGGUCCAAUAUGACACAGAUUUUAGAUUCAUUUGUUUUGUUAGUUUUUUGGGGGGUGGAUUUAAAUAUCAUUAAACUGUUUAAUUUAUCCAGAGUAACUCAGUCAGCAGAGACCAGACAUAAUGUAUGUAUACGGAGAAAGUAAUAAAUGUAGUUUUUAUUACGAACACUGUGUUGUCUGGUGAAUGACUUGAUAACAUGGCAGAACGGUGUAUCACCGGCAGUUUGAAUCCGUGGUGAAGAGGAUCCUGGGU